GUUGAAAGGAAAAAGGUGAAAUUCUUGCGGCGGAAAAAAGGGAGCAUUUUCCACAGAUUUAUAGCCACUUUUACUGCACCAGUGUGGUUUUGCUUCGAGAGUGUUCGCGGUACGCGCCGGACGGGACGGACAAAGCGUGCGGAGAAUUAGCAACACAGUGUUGUUGACACGGCCGGUGCAAAGUUUGCCGAGUGUGCGGAUUUGCGUUCGCCAUCCCAGUUUCGGAAACGUGCUCCCCUAUUCGCCAAGGCCGUGGUGUUGCACAGAGCAAAUAGCUUUCCUGUGAUAGCGUAGUGCCGGAGAGGAGGACGUGCACAAAACCCAAGGGCAAACGUCCUUUCAGAGCCCCCCCUGCGGAACCAAACGGCUGUGUGUGUGUGUUUGUGUGUGUGUGUGAGCACCAUAGAGAAGCUCCGGUUGAGACUGCUUCCUUCGUGGUGCCGUACAAAAUGUCGUGGGAACCGCAGCCGGAUGGCCUGAGCCAGAUCAUCACACUGCUGAAGCAGUCACAAUCAACGGACAACAUGGUACAGCGUGCUGUGCAGUUGAAAUUGGAAGAGCUGAACCAGUACCCGGACUUUAACAACUAUUUGAUCUACGUGCUGACGAAGCUAACGUCCGAGGAUGAGCCGACGCGAUCGCUGUCCGGGUUGAUAUUGAAGAACAACAUCCGCAUCCACGGCACCGAGCUGCAGCCGGCCAUCAUCGAGUACAUCAAGCAGGAGUGUCUGAUGGCGCUCGGCGACCCGUCGCCGCUGAUCCGGGCGACGGCCGGCAUCCUCAUCACCACGAUCGCCAACAAGGGCGGACUGCAGAACUGGCCGGAGCUGCUGCCGACGCUGUGCGAUAUGCUCGACUCGCAGGACUACAGUGUGUGCGAGGGUGCGUUCGGGGCGCUGCAGAAAAUCUGCGAAGACUCGGCCGACGUGCUGGACAGCAGUGCGCUCAAUCGGCCGCUGAAUAUCAUGAUACCCAAGUUUCUGCAGUUCUUCCGCCACUCGAGCCCGAAGAUCCGGUCGAACGCGAUUGCCUGCAUCAACCAGUUCAUCAUCAACCGCACGCAGGCGCUGAUGGUGCACAUCGACACGUUUAUCGAGAAUCUGUUCCACCUGUCGUCGGAUGAUGAUCGCGAGGUGCGCAAGAACGUGUGCCGUGGGCUGGUGAUGCUGCUGGACGUGCGCAUGGACCGGUUGAUGCCGCACAUGAACAGCAUCAUCGAGUACAUGCUGAUCCGGACGCAGGAUUCGGACGAAACGUCGCUGGAAGCGUGCGAGUUUUGGCUGACGCUGGCGGAGCAAUCCAUUUGCAAGGAAGUGCUGACGCCGCACCUGCCCCGCUUGGUGCCGGUGCUUGUGCGGGGUAUGAAGUACAGUGACAUCGACAUCAUCAUCUUGAAGGGUGAUGUGGAGGAGGAUGAGAUGAUCCCGGACCGGGAGGAGGACAUUAAACCUCGAUUCCAUAAAUCGCGCACACACACCCAGAAACCGUCAGUCGGCGGUGGUGCGAGCGGAGCGGACGGUGCGGCCCGAGCGAUGGAGGGCAAUGACGAUGACGAAGACAUCGACGAUCCGUACGACGAAAUGGACGACGAUAGCAAUCUGUCGGAUUGGAAUUUGCGCAAAUGCAGUGCCGCUGCGCUGGAUGUGCUGGCGAAUGUGUUCAAGGAUGACUUCUUGCCAAUCCUGUUGCCGAUCCUCAAGGAAACCCUGUUCCACGAGGAAUGGGUCAUUAAGGAGAGCGGCAUCCUGGCGCUGGGCGCGAUCGCGGAGGGCUGCAUGAACGGCAUGGUGCCGCAUCUGCCCGAGCUGAUCCCGUACCUGAUCGUGUGUCUGUCGGACAAGAAGGCGCUGGUACGGUCGAUCACCUGCUGGACGCUGUCGCGCUACGCCCACUGGGUGGUAAGCCAGCCGCAUGACCAGUAUCUGAAGCCGCUUAUGAAGGAGCUGCUGAAGCGCAUACUGGACGCGAACAAGCGCGUCCAGGAGGCGGCCUGUUCCGCGUUUGCCACGCUGGAGGAAGAGGCGUGCACCGAGCUGGUCCCCUACCUGGGCUUCAUACUCGACACGCUCGUGUUUGCGUUCCGGAAGUAUCAGCACAAGAAUCUGCUCAUCCUGUACGACGCGAUCGGUACGCUGGCGGACUCGGUCGGCCACCAUCUGAACAAGCCGGAGUACAUCAGCAUGCUGAUGCCACCGUUGAUCGAGAAGUGGAACAAUCUGAAGGACGAGGAUAAGGAUCUGUUCCCGCUGCUGGAGUGUCUGUCCAGCGUUGCCACCGCGCUGCACUCGGGCUUUCUGCCCUACUCGGAGCCGGUCUAUCGUCGGUGCAUUUCGCUGAUACAGCAAACGCUGAACCAGGAUUUGGCCAGCACCACCAGCCCGGGCCAGUUCGAGCAGCCGGACAAGGACUUUAUGAUAGUGGCGCUGGAUUUGCUGUCCGGGCUGGCGGAGGGGCUGGACUGUUACAUCGAGUCGCUGGUGUCGAGCAGCAACAUUAUGCAGCUGCUUUACCAGUGCAUGCAAGACUCGAUGCCCGAGGUUCGCCAAUCGUCGUUCGCGUUGCUAGGCGAUCUGACCAAGGCUUGCUUCCAGCACGUGCAUCCACACAUUGCCGACUUUUUGCCCAUUCUGGGCCACAACCUGAACCCGGAGUACAUCUCGGUGUGCAACAACGCGACGUGGGCUAUUGGCGAGAUCAGCAUCAAGCUGAUGGAGGAUACAAAACCGUACAUUCCGAUGGUGUUAGCACCACUGAUUGAAAUCAUCAACAAUACCAACACCCCCAAGACACUGUUGGAAAAUACUGCGAUAACAAUUGGGCGUCUAGGUCUCGUGUGCCCCGUAGAAGUGGCCCCCUCAUUGCAACAGUUUGUGCGACAGUGGUGCUCAUCGCUGCGAAACAUUCGCGACAACGAGGAAAAGGACUCGGCCUUCCGUGGCAUGUGUCAGAUGAUUACGGUCAACCCGGUCGGCGUGGUGCCGGAUUUUAUCUUCUUCUGCGAUGCCGCCGCCUCCUGGAUGACACCGAAGAAGGAUCUACACGAAAUGUUGCAAAAGAUCCUGCACGGUUUUAAGAUGCAGGUUGGUGAAGAAAAUUGGGCCCGUUUCGUUGAACAGUUCCCGCCCCAGCUGAGCGAGCGGUUGGCCGUAAUGUACAGCAUCUAAGCACCGGCAGCAUUGCAUCUCUCGUUCCAUAAGCGCAACAUUACAGCCACACAAAGGUUCUGCAACGCGGGAGCGGUGAGUGUAUAUACAUAAUGGGGCAAAUGCUACCAUUAUUAUUUCCAUCAUUUUUGUCAUCCACGAAUGGAACUGUCAACAGGGAUGAUCUUGAUUGUUUUUUUUUUUUAAAGAAUGGUUAGAGAAAGACGGCCACGAAUUAGUCGUAUUAGAUACAUACCGUGCACAUAUUCUUCUGCCACGAGUUGACAAAAGCUGCCAAGUAAUCAGCUGAGCUUGUAUAUUUUUUUUAUCAACAAAGUUGUGAACAAUGCACUCAAAUUGUAGGCUUGUUUUUUUGGAAAUUAUACUAGCCCUCGAUGCUCCAACCACCAUUGCACGAUGCAAAAGGAAUUAAGUAGUUUGGUUUCUUUUUUUCAUGAUACAGAAGUGAGAUUUCGACAUAGGGGGGUUGUUAAUGGGGGUUUGCAGAUAGAAUGCAGACAGAAAACCCUACAGAAAGGGAAUGAUGUUGGCCGUAUGGAUGCGUUGAAACAUUCAAUUGUAAAAUAUAACACCCCGGGCAUUAGGUCCCCUCUUUUUUCGUUCAUUUCUCAGCCGAAAUUCAAGCAAAACAGGAAGGCUAUCAAUCAAUCGCUCAUUUUCGCUCUACUCUAAAACGUAGCCCCAAAAGCGUGUAUUGAUGCAAUGAUAUCCGUCAUUUAAUAUCGGUUUUACCAUGGAAGCAUGGAACGCGCAAUAAUGAUUAGGAAAUGAACACCACGCGGAGAACAUUCCGUUCUCUUCUGUUUUUUUUUAUAUUAUUUUAGUUUGUGUCGUAGGAUGAACACAUAGUUUUGCUGUAGUUGUUUUAGGAGGGCGUGUAUUGUAUAUUUUAAACACACAGGAUCGUAGAAAGAACGAAACGAAAAGCAGCAACUCCCGCGCAGUUUAUUGCAUGUAAAUUGUUACGCGCUCCGUGUAAUUGUGUUAUAAAUUGUUUUUCACACACUCUUCACACGCUGUUGUUUCUACGAUAGUAAUUAGCCCAUUUCCCCCCUCAUCAUUGUAUCCAACACUUGUUGUGCCCCCCUGGGUGUUGUUGUCGUUGUACCGCGUGCGUACGUGCAUGCAGCUUCGGGUUGUAAAGUAGAGGCUAUUCUUUUUGCAACUCAUUUUACCACCGACACCCCGUCGUCUGUAUGUAAGCAUGUACGUGUGUGUGUGUGUGUAUGUGGGCGACAGCUUUCGUUUUCGUAUAAACCCGGGCUAUCUCAUCUUUUCAUCCUCUCCCUGCCCCUCCCUCUCAACAUAAGCUCAUCUUCCUUCCGUUAUCCUUUCCUCUACGAGAAAACAAAACAUAAGUACGGUAGGAAGAACUCCAAAUAAGUUACAUUCGAAUAUGGUGUGUAGAACGCGCCACACUCUCCUAUCUGGAGACUUCUGAACGUUACAUAUAGGGUGUGUGUUAGGGUAAAACAAGCGUAGGGCACAAAGGUAUCCAAACAAAGUCGAUAGGGAAAAUUCAUUUUGUCGUGAAGACACACAGGGCAAUCUGGGUAGGGUAUGAGUUUUUAGUAGGAGACAGAAAGGACAACAAACCUAAUACUAGAAGCUAGGGCUGUGCAUCAUGUACUCGGUAGCAUUAUUAUUGAACAAACCCCCCGCGGGUCAAAAGGGUGGAGAGAGGGAUAAAUUCAGUUGCGAGGCAGCGGAAACGGAAACAUACCAAAACGGAACAGAUCCAACAUUGCCAAGUGAAGCAGCAGGAGAUUAAAAAGAAUGGAAAGCGUUAAUAUUGAUAGGGACAAUUUUAAGCCAAUUUAACUCAGAUUAGGGUACACAAGCUUAGGGAUAAUGUUAGGGCAAAACAAAACAAUACUAUGUAGGGAAUCAGUGUGACUGAGAGAGAGAGAACGUGUGUGAAUGGGGUGUAUGAGUAUGAUUGCGAGCAAAAUGCCAUUAGUGCUUACUUUUUCCGUAGCGUGUAGUUUGUUGUUCAAGGCGUUUGCUAAUGGCUAAAUGUUUUCUGAUUUCCGAUAUCUGAAACGGAGUUGAAAACGGUAGAUAAAACAUACACACAACCAAUCCAACCGAUCAUCUUCGAUUGCGCCGUGUGCACGUAGAAUCUGUAUAGAACUUUCUUCUAUUCGCUAAAGAGAUUAAACAAAACGUUGUUCGCUGUGUAUCGUUUUCUUUUUUUGGUCAGCAAUCAGCAAUUAAAAGCAAAAGGAUCGUGUCGUGUAAGUAGUGUCAAACGCGUUUUCCCUUAGUUCUGGAAUCGGUGCCGUUACCGGGUCAGAGUGCAUGGGGAAGAAGGGUGGUAGGGUACACAGGGCAACAAAACAGAAAGUGAUAUUAUUAUUAAAACAAGAAGUUCAAAUACGUAAGGCACAACAGUAGGGACACAGAGCAAAGGUUAGGACAGUUAGCGCAGGGCCAAAUCAUCGUGCAUUCGUCGCGUCGUGUUCGCGUUUCGCAAAAAAACAUAAUCCGGGUCGGGUCGUUAAUUCUUCGCGCGCGUUUCUAUAUCGGGUCGUUAUCGUCGCGGGUCGCAUUUAAUAGAUAAAAUGAAACAGAGUUCGGUUCGGUUCGGUCGCGUUAUUCGUCUUCGUCGUCGCGUUAUUUAUCCGUCAAUCCGUGUCCGGUGUGGUGUGUUAAGGGGGAAUGUUGGGGGAAAACGUUGCAUCAAACGAAUCCGUUGCAAAUUGGGUUUUUGUUUUAGCUUGAUUUUAUUGGGAAAAAAUCGUGUUAGUUGUACAUCCACACAACUGAAAGAACUCUGCUAUCUUUACAAAACUUCCUAAUGAUUUCGUUCCACAAACAGAGAAAUCGAAUCAGCUUCGUUUGUUGCACCUAAACAAGUUCGAACGGAAGGGAACGAAAGGAACAAACUAAUUAAAGUAACUUUGAGCCAAGAACUGAAGUAUAUAAUGAAUCAAAAGUCUGCUGUGCGGAAGAAAAAAGGAAGGAAAAACCUAAUCAAACAUACCGAGGGAUUGGCAUAAAAUUGCAAGUCUGAAAACAUUAUCUUAAAAAAAACCAAGACAGUACUAACACACAACACAAGAGAGUUUGACUGGUUUUACGUUUAGUAGGUAUGCACAAAAUAAAACAAAAAACAAACUCAAUCCUUGCCGCCCUCGACAAAGAAAGGGAGACAAAUCAAAACUCAAAGUGUAGUGCGCACAGAGAGAUGUUAGAUCGCGUAUGCGUUUCUGUGGGUGUUUGUAGAUAGACAGACUAUUUGAGACGCGUGGGCGUGGUGGUGCCAUUAGUGUGUGAUAGUGAGAUAUUAUUUAUUGCUCCAGCGCAUAACAAGCAAAACAAAAAUCAUGAUAAUAAGUAUUCUAAAGCAACUUACUGCAACACUGAUACCAUUCUGCAAAAAAAACAGGAACUUUACACUAACAAAAUUACAAACAAAAUGAGAAGAGAAUUGUAAACCGUACUACUAGCUUGAAAGUAACUUGUAAUUGCUGAAUUUAACAAAAGAUUAAGUGGAAAACACUAGCAAAACAAAACGAAAGACAAACUUGCGAUAACGAAGCCUUAUUGAGUAAAGAAAACAGGAGAGACAAUGCUUAAAACACACUGCAACAACAAACACCACAUGUAGAGAGAAAACAAAACAAAUGCAAAACACAAGUUAUCAUAGAAGAAGAACAAACACAUAAUCUCACAGCCACAGAAACAAACAAACUUGCAAUACAACGCGCCCCCCCGUGUGCCAAUCUUUUCAUCCAGCGUAGCGUGUGUGUAUGUGUGGGCACGUAGUUAACAGAAACUCUAAAAAGACUGAAUCCAAAAAACCAAAACAUAUGUGUGUUUCCCCAUGCGCAUAAAUAACAUACGCACACACAAUACACAAUACAAACACAACAUAAUAUCCCACAACACCUGCAGUUGCAGAGAAGCAAACAGAACUGAAAAUUAAACAAAUUAAAUUGAAAGGAGAAAAACGCUUAGCUAACUACUAGUAGGGAAAACCCUUCUAAUUCCAUCAUUUGUGAUGUGUUGUUGUGUUUAUGUGUUAGUUCUGUUAUACGAUUAUGCUGCUUUAACUGUGGCGCCUCGUUCCUUCCCAACUUUAAUUCCAUGCAAGGUUUUCCAUCUUAUAGAAAAAGUAACAAUUGAACAAGCUUAUUACUAAAUCCAGACUACUCCUUAAAUACCCUGUUGUUGCAGUUCUGUUAAUGCUCAUUCAUUUAUUUAUUCCCUCUUUGCCAAUCGUUCCUCAUGCGUACCUUAAGUUCUAGUUGUGGGAACGCUUGUUUUGUGUUGUUAUGGUUACUAAUACGUCAUACAUAAUCAUCUUCAUAAUUAACCAUCAUCUUCGCUCAGUGUUGCAUGAAUACAAAAAGUGGAAAGUUCCUCGUUUCUAAUUUACCAAACCGAAACCUGCACGCUAGAAUCAAAGAAGAAAAGAAGAAAGAAUCAAACAAAACCAAUGCCAAAAACCAGCUUCAAACCACAGCACGUGUUUAGUAUAAUGUACAGUGAUGAGCGCUGUUGUAGUGUGUAUAAAACAGAAUAGAGAAAACAGGAAACAAAAACAAAAGAAAAACAACCUACAUAAUUUAACGCUAAACAAAACCCAGGGCUGUGUAAGGAUUGAUCUAGCUGUAGAAAAUUAACGAAGGGAAAGUUAAGGAUGUGAACAACACAUAUACCGAUCAAAAUGUGGAACAAAGUCGUACGCGCGCACGCGCACACAUGCCUCUCCAAAGGCAGUCGUCCCCUUUGAUCAUUGUUGUGUGAUAGUGUGCAUGCAAAAUCAAAAUCGUUCGUUUUUCUUUCUUCAAUGCCCAAAAUGGCCAAAAAAUAUUCGUUUAAAAGUGUGUGUGCGUGUGUAUGUGCAAUUGAAGGCAGCUUAAAAGUGUGUUAUACUUAUGUUUUACUGAACUUUACUGAUUUGUGCAACAGAAAACCAUGCGAAUAACACUUAACUUAUAAAAAAGAAAGCACACACACACACAACCAAAAAGCUAUAUCGGAUCGUCGUUCCUCUCAGACAACCAAUAGACAAAACAAAAGCAACAUACUACAAACAAAGCAAAGGGUGCAACUAAUCCUCUCGUCGGUUCGGUUCGUCAGUCGCGUCGCGUAAUAAACUAAUAAGGAAUAAAGUAAUAAGGGGUCUCUCGUCGUCGUCGUAAACGUUAAACAAAUUCGGGUAAAACUCGCGUAAAUCUCGCACCAUCCGUUAUUCGCCGCCACCGUGUUCGUCGUGUAAAUCCGUGUGAUCGUUCUCCGUCUUUCCGCCGUCGUGGUCGUCAUCGUCGUCGUAUUCGUCGCGUUCGCGUAUUUAUCGUCGUAUUAUAUCAAACUCAGUCGCGUGAUCGUGUCGUCGGUAUUUCGUCGGGAUCGUCGGUAUUAAUUAAAACACAGCAGCAAGGAUAGGGUUUACGAUAGGGGAUAUGUGAUACUACAUACAUAGUAGGGAAAAUGUUACGUUUUUUUCUUUGUAUAGGGUUUUUCUUUUUAACAAGAACAGGGAACAAGCAUAAAAAGAAGGAAAAUGCUCUACGGUAGGGACUAGUAGGGACUGUAUUUUUGCAAUUGAUCAUAAAACAAAAAACAAAAACGGGCCAAAAACCAUAAACCAGCAGCUGGUGGUAGUAGUUGUUAGCUUGUAAUCUGUCGUAGUUUUCUGUUAUCUUUCCUAUCUCUCUCUCUAUUUUAUAUUAGUCUCACCCAUACAACCUGUGUGAGGGUGCACUAUAUUGUCUAUUUAGUUACAAAAUCACUUAUUAGAAGAAGAAAAACCUCAUGUACGAAUGUGUUGGCUAUGAUGUAUGUGUAUGUAUGUUUACGCAGAUGAGUGUGUGUGAGUGUGUAGUUGAACUGAUUUAGUUAGAUUUUUCAAUUACGAGAUGCUGCUGUUGCUGGCGCGCACUGAGGCAUAACAGCAGCAACUCUUUUACUAUUAAAUAGGAAAUCAAAUUUCAAAUUGUUUGAUUGGUGUUCAACCAAACUGUUCAAGGAAAGAAGAAACCACUUACAGAAACAGAAAGGUGCUAAUAAAUGUACGAAAAGAUAAAGUUGAGUGCCCGUCAACACGCACACGCGCCGCCGUGCUCGAGGUGGCGAUUGCAAUAAUUGUUGUGUUACCCUUUCCGCUUUUACUAACUUAAUUUGCUUUCCCUUUUUUUAACAAACAAUCCAUCAUACAACGCGUACGUCACACUGUAAUUGUAAAAAAAGGCAUAGCUUUAUUCUCACAUUUCCAAAAUCAAAUGUGUGUGUGUCAGAAUUAAUGUUAGAAAGGGAAGUAAAUUAGCAAACAAUCCAGACAAAUUUUCAUCCUGUUUUUUUUUAACUAAAUAAUAAACAUAUAAUUAGCGAAUGUGCGAAUGAAUGUGAGUGAGUAUGUGUGUGUGUGGGUGUGUAUGAGAGAGUAAACAAAUAGGGAAAAAUACGAUACAAAGAUACCAGAACAGUAUAGGAUUAUGAUAGGGAAAUUCAGCGCAAAAGUGAUAGCGUGUUAGGGCAAAAGCAGCAGCAGCAGCAGGAGUGUUAAAUAAGCAGAAAAAGGACUAGGACAAAACCAUGUCCAGGAGCAUAGGAGCAUAGGUUAUAUUUGUGUAUUAGUAUAUCAACAGAAGUCUCAUCCUCAAUUCCUACCAAUUCCUCCCCCUUCCUUCCCAUGGAAGUGUACCCGUUUAAUACUCCCCAAUCAUCCUUCUACAUCCUCCCCCAUUAUCGAUGGUUGAUCGAUCGUCGUCGUGUCUCUUUCCCUCUCUGCUCACAUUUUUUAUAUGAUCAUUUUGUUUCAAAAAAAUUACGUAGUUUUGAAUUAUGUUUUUGAAAGGCAAGCAAAGCUGGUUAAUAUACCCUUUGCUUUUGCUAGCUAUGGUGCAUGCAGAAUCACUAUGCCCAAACAUCAAUUCUCCCUACUACGUUUUUUUAAAGCCUAAUAAAAACAUUUAUAAAUUUGCAAGAAACAAAAAGAUGUAGUGGGCAUGUAGUGCUGUUGCCAUGCUCAAGAAGUUUGGGCAAUUGUUUGCAGCUUACUAACGGCUCCACUACUCAUCCCCGUGCUCAUCAUCAUUGUACUAAUUAUGUUCUAAGAAAUCGCUAAACCACGAUCGCAGCACGCGUUCAUCGCGGAUGGUGUAGGUGAACAACCCAUAGAACAACGCUUCGUUUAGCAGAUACACUAAGAAAUGAACAAACCCCGUUCCAGCGUAAGACAAUGCUUCUCAAAGAGAGAGAAGAAGUAAAAGUACACAAAUCUCUUGCAAAAACCACACUAGAACUCACUACUGAAAAGCUUUACUAGAACGAUCAGUCAAAGAAACUACUCGCUCUUCUGUACGCAACAACAAAAAAGCGAUAAUAACAGAGGGAGGGGGCUCUGUCUGCCUGAUCCAGCAGCAGCCGAAAGUGGAAGAGCGCCCAAGAGAAGGAAGAGAGGGCACAGUUACUUAACACAAACUCUUUCUAACCAAUCCAACCGAAGCUGUAAUACAAAACAAAAAUGCUCGCAGAAAUAAUUGCACCUACCUUAGAGAAAGUGACAGAAUAAUACUACAAGGUGUGAUUAUAAAGGGGGCAGAGAGAGUGCGACGGAACGAAAGAGAGAGAGAGCGUACAUUAUACAUAUUUCGAAUCAUUAGACAGAGCAGAGCGCACCACACCGUUGCGAAGGAGUAGAGGAAAAAUUAGACGAAACGAAACUGCGUAGCGAUUUUUUGGUUGUAGAGCUGAUGAUGAUGCGCUGUGCUGUUCAAUACAGAAAAGAAGGAGCAAGACACGCACGUCAGCGAAGCUUUAGCAGAAGUUUAGUGGUAAAGGUGGUGUAGAGCAAAAUAUACGGAUAGAAAGAGAGAAAAAAAAAGGUUUAAGGAGUGAAAUAAGGUGUUGUGUCACAACAAUGAUUACAAGAGAAUACAUAUUAUACAUCUAAAUCUAUUAAAACAUA